AUGCCAUCUGUCGUACCCGGGUCAGUGAUCGUACCGAACUGGCAUCGGUGCGCAGAGAGCAAAGAAUUCUUCAGCAAGAUCCUGCACAAGAGAAAACGCAGAAAGUUUGGACUGUUGGAAGCUCCAGUGUUGCCACCUCAUAUGAACGUAGAUAUCGUUCGAUACAAGAUCUUUAUCUCGGGAAAGAGUGGGGUUGGCAAGACCGCCCUGGCUGCCCGUCUGGCAGGACAUGACAUUCCUACUAUGCAUUAUGAGACCACAGGCAUAGAGACAACGGUGGUGUUCUGGCCAGUGAGGUUGAGAGAGAGUGGUCGUGUGCUUUUCUUCCGUUUCCAGCUGUGGGAUUGUGGAGAAAAUGCCCUACGGAGAUUCGAUCACAUGCUGCCCUCUUGCAAGGAACAAGUGGAUGCCAUCCUCUUCCUGUUCUCCUUCACGGACCAUGCCUCUUUUGAAGAUUUAUCCAAUCAGAUGGCUCGGAUCACAGAGCCGACAGACAGAAUUGUUAAAUUAGUGGUGGGAACGAAGUUUGACCUGUUCAUACACACAGACGUGACGGAGAGUGAGGUGAACCGGUUUCAGGAGGUGUGGGGUGUCCCCGUCUUCUGCAUGGGCGGGGACGUGGCAGGAGGGCUGGGGGAGGUGGCGCCCCUCUUAAACUCCCUGGCGGAGAACCUGUGGCACCAGGACUGUACGGCUGCCGGCUCUGUCCCUCCCCCAACCCAAACCGAACCUGGGGACGCCACCACAGAGAUCAUGGUUUAG